AUGUAUAUCCCUUCAGAGUUGGCAAAGCCUUUGAACAUUCAGAAGCCCACUGCUUCUCAGUACAAUACUUUUCUCAAUAACAAUUUACUUCCGAUACAAUCGCUGGACCAAAAUGUUCUCUUUAUGGUCGACGAUGAAGAGUUUCAGUUCACCCAUGUCGAUGGGGUAUAUCAUCCUGAUUUGGCAAUUAGAAUAUCACGGACGUCACUUUUAGCCCAAGAUCCAAGCACAUAUGUGGCGAUUAGCAAGUGGGUGGUGUAUAACCUUCGAAAGUUUCAUAAUACUAGCGGACCUGCAUCCCAAGAUCCCAUUACCAAUCCGGUGAAGUUACCUCCUGAAAGUGAAGAUCCUGGAACUCUGCCAUUCGGGUGUACACUUAACCCACUUGUCAGUGACCAUUUUCAGCCAGUCCAUCUAACUCCUGGCUGCGUGAGCUGCAUCGCUGAAUUUUCUGAACUUCCAGCCCCAACCUUAACUAAUGGUACUGGCUCCUCCAAAGGCCUCGGUAGAUUGUGGUCGCGGGGAGGUGGGUCAAGGACUUCUAAUUCACCUGGGCCCACCGAUACCAGCAGCAGCGUCAGUGGAAUGGCCCAUGUUAACGCCAAUUUACCACCUAGUCACAAUGCCCGAACGAGAAGCUCAACGUUGUGUUCUUCGCUGAAUAGUGCCAAUAAUUCUACCUACAGGUUGUUGGAAUCUCGUACUAAUCUCAACCCACCCAAAUCAUCAAUCAUGAGAUCAGGCUCAACUUACAUCUCCAAGGUCUCCACCACGGAUGGUGUUGCCAAAAAAUUAAAUGCUUUCAAUUCGUUUCUCAUUAGUGGCCACGGAAGGGUUCUCAACAUCGUUAACCUGUCCGAUGACCAUAAGACAAUGGACGUCGAAGUGCCGCUCAUUCGUGUCUUUGUUAACCAUGGUGUUGUUACCUGUUUAGAUCACAAGGCAUAUGUGAUGUCAAAUCAGAGAAACCUGGAUAUCUUAGUAGGUUAUUCUACCGGUGACAUACUAUGGUUCAAUCCUUUCAAGAUGAAGUACUCUCGAUUCAAUAAAAAGGGUCAUCUAAUUCAUGAACCUGUUAUGUCGAUUUGCUGGUCAACUGACGGACAGUUCAUCAUAGCAGGAUUUUCCAAUGGAGAGGUUUUAUUCUUCAAUAGAGAUUUGGAGGAUUGUGACGAUAUUUCUCAGCGGCGUAAUUCGCCGAAUCUUGAUAACUCUGAUACGGCAGACACAGACACUGAGAACGAGUUAAAAACAUCAAUAACAAUUACCAACACAACUCCUGCUUCGUCUACCCCAAUGGCUUCACGUUCUGUUACUUCUCCUUCCCCUUCUCCUGCCCCUUCCCCUGCUUUCAUUAGAGUACAUGUCAGCUAUAAAAACCAGAGUGACGAAAACCCUGUGUCUCAUUUUCAGCUCUCAGAAAAGUCAAUAACAAACGAUUCCAGUAUAAAAAUGGUUGACGUCCUCAAGGAAACUGUAACUGAUAUCCACACCUCGUAUUAUGGAGGCAUCUUAUCCAUGAAAAUCACAAAAGAUGGAAAGUAUCUGUUUGCAUCAUCUCAGGAUGAUUUCAUAAGUGUCUAUGAACUAUUGUUUGUUACCAAUAUGUCAUACACAUGCGCAGGAAGUCCCAUCCACGGAAACUUACGGCUAGUAGCCCGCCUAGAGGGCCAGGCUUCAUGGGUAAGGGACAUUCAAGUUGAUUGCCAAAAGUCGUCGUUAGGCCUUCUGUACCGUAUUGGAGCAGUUGGAGACGACGGAAGAAUUGUGUUCUACGAAUUUCAACCCAAGAAUUUACCGAAUGUUCACAAACAGGCCUCUACUCACUCUACUUACCACCAUCAUAGAACCCAAACAUCGAAGAGUUUAGCAGCUAGGUCACCUUCACCGCCACCCGUGGCGAACGGUACGUUCCUCUCUAUACCCCGUAAGCCUAUGCACCAUCGUCAUUCAAAUUCAGUGACAUCCAUAUCCUCACAGCAUCAAUCACUUUUAGGGUUGAUCAAGAGCACAUCCCAUGUUUCUGAUCAACGUAUUCCCCCCGGCAACGCAAGUGACACUGCAUUUGAAGCCAGUUUUUGUUGCAAGGUUAACCUUUUAACUGGCGAAACCCCCUUAGUUCACUCUGUCCGAGGACUAAGGGACAUUCCUAUUAUACAACCGAUUGGUAGCAGUGAUGUGAAACUGGGACGUUUAGCAGGUCUAGUGUUCCAAAAAAAUUACGUCUGGGUGUUCUCAGCCGGAGGGGAUUUGUUGAGAUGGAAGCGUCCUGGUGAAAAAAUUGACCCACUAUAA